GGCUACAGCGAGAGCAGACGGCAAAGACAAGGCUUCGACGCUGAGUCGAAAUCAGCUGCGCCGCGGCAAAACCGGUAAAGACCCUUAAUACCCCGCCCCCUGACUCCGUCUCCGACGUUGACCUUUAUCUUUCCUCUUUGCGAUGUCUCGAGUGUCGCGAUGGAUUCUGAUGACGAGCUGCCGCAUUGGAGCGUUCUCAUAGGACCGGCGGCAGCUGGUGGUAUCAAGAACAAAGAGGCUAAACCAGGGAAACGCAAAGCCUCGAACUCGCCCACGUCGAGUCCUCAAGGCAAGGACCUCCUUCCCGGGAAAGCCAAAGCCAUUCCUGCCGACACAGAAAUUAUCGAGAUAUCAUCUGACGACGAACAAGUCAAGUGCCCCAAGACCAUUCUUUCGCGUAGCGGGAGUACUAGGUCGCCUUUCAAUGUGAAGACACAGAAGCGACCGGAGCCAGUAGUUGUGGCUACUAGAAGUCAAGGGUCCAAGAAGUCAUUAGUACACGGUACGCCUGCGCAUGUAACGAUUCCUACAGCACGUUCAUCAAUUGAGCGGCCGGGCCAAGAGCUGGAUCCCAUGUCGCGGAUAUCAAUCAAAGCGGUUGAGACUUCGGGUGAGAAGGCAGACGAGGAUGCCCGUUCGAUGACAUUAGACAUCGCGAUGAAUUCGGACUCGGAAGCACCAGAAGCACCGGUAAAUAUGUCACGAACAUAUUUCGAGCGCAUAUGCAAGUGGGUCGGACACGAUGUAGAUUUCAAUGUGGGAAGGAUAAAUUUGAGGGGGUCUAACGCACUGUAGUAUAAUAUUUCUUUGCCGGCAGGGAACCAGACGGACUUUGCCUACUUAACCCGUAAAUAUGCGGACUUUUAUAUGAAUAUCACUCUAAUAGUGAUUGCCCCUUCGCGCCACUGCCCAAAGGUUGGAUACAAGUACUACGAGUAUAUUGUUAAUGAAGCUAGGACUCGUUAAGCGCUGGUCCUGUCCGCAACUGAUGCAGAUCCAUGAAAUUCCAUUCCAUGAGCAAUGGAACGCAUCUCAUUUGUGUAGCAAGAGAAGAAAGUAAGGAAAGGUUAUACUGAAGACAAGAGCCGGGCAUUGUAGUUUAUGUCAACCUCCGACUCGGAGUCCAGAUCAUGAUAUCAC